AAAAAAGUUGGAAGUGUAAAGCUUUUAGGCCACUUUCAUUUAAGAUUUUUGUUGGUAAUUUAGAUUUUGGAAAUGGGAAAGAUGAAGUUAAGUAGGAUGUUGGAUUCACUUUGUCUUGCCUUUGAUUCAAACACAUGUUUCUGCAUCAACUCAGUUGAAGCUCAUGAUGAAGAUGAUCAACAGUUUGAGCAAGAAAGGAAACCUUUUUUCGGAAGUGAUCAAAAACCGGUCUUCACCAUCAAAGAUACUAUUUCUGGCUCUCAAAGCUUGGCUUUCCUCAUGAAACCUAAGACAGUUGUCCUGAAGGUGUCUAUGCAUUGCAAUGGUUGUGCAAAAAGAGUAGAAAAACACAUCUCAAAGAUAGAUGGUGUGAUGUCUUACAAAGUAGACUUGGAAAAAAAAAUGGUGGUGGUGAUUGGAGACAUUCUUCCUUUUGAGGUCUUAGAGAGUGUCUCAAAGGUAAAAAAUGCACAACUUUGGACUUUUGGCAUCUAAUAGUGAAGCAACCAAUUAAAAGCAAGCUCUCGAUCACAAUUCACGAACAAAGAAGCCCAACUUCAUGAAGAUCUUGAGGAAAUUGUAUAUUUAUUAUGGCGCAAAUAGCACCAACUAUUUGUACAUCUUUUUGCCAAAAUCUAAGGCAUUCAUUUUUAAUUGAGUUGGAUAAUAUAAACUGAAUAUAUUU